AUGGGGCUUUGGACGUCGAUCCGGGUAUUUGUGCUUUUGGCAUGUCUGCUAACGGCAUUCCUGGAGCUUGCUCGUCGCAAAGAAGAAAAUAGAGCCAAACUCAACGAGCCAAAGAAAAAAGUGCCCGAAAAAGAGCGGAUAAUGGCUGUAGACUUCACUACCCCAGCUUCUACAAUUAAGAAGCCCCGCAAGGUUGUGAAGCCUAAAACCCAAAAAACAAAGGCCAUUGGAGAAUCAGCAAGUACCUCGAGCAGGAUGACCAUCUUUUACUCUACACUUACAGGAUCAAGUGAACGUUAUGCGCAGAAGCUGCACAACCAGUUUAAGCAUGUGAUGGAAAACGAGCCCGAUCUAUUGAAUCUCGACUAUGUCGAUGAUAUCGACGAAUUCUUCCUUUCCCCGAAAACUCCUGGAGCAAUCUAUAUUCUCGUCCUGCCUAGUUAUGAGACUGAAUGCCCUCUUGAUUAUUUCAUUGAUAGUCUAAAGGAGACCUACAACGAUUUCCGAAUCGAUUCUCGCCCUUUGUCUAGUUUGGCUGGAUUUUCAGUUUUUGGCAUCGGCGAUUCUGAAAGCUGGGGGCAGGAGGAUAAGUUCUGUUACCAGGCCAAGCUCGUUGAUAAGUACCUUGGGAAGUUGGGCGCUCGCCGCGUUUUCCCCUUGGGCACUGGAUGUAUCAAAACCACAAUCGACGAGAGCUUUGAUGAGUAUAUUGAGCAUCUUACUAGUGAGCUCCACAACCCCACCCCGGCGUCUGAGCUUGCGGAUAUUGCCGACAGCGACGACGAGGGAGAAGACGAUCCUAGUGUGAUGGAUGUUGAGGACAUGGGUAAGCCUAUGAGAGUGAAGGAAUUAGCAGAGGCAAAGCAAAUGGUGGCCAAAGAUUCCCCUACCUACAAGGCACUUACCAAACAAGGAUAUACGGUUGUGGGGUCUCAUUCCGGUGUGAAAAUCUGUCGAUGGACUAAAAGUGCUUUGAGAGGACGAGGAUCGUGCUACAAAUUUGCAUUCUACGGCAUUAAAAGUCAUUUGUGUAUGGAGACUACACCUUCACUGUCCUGCUCAAAUAAGUGUGUCUUCUGCUGGCGCCAUGGCACUAAUCCUGUCGGCACAACGUGGCGUUGGCAAGUAGACCCCCCUAAAGCUAUUCUCGAUGGUGCUUUGGAGGGCCAUUACAAGAAGAUCAAAAUGAUGAAAGGCGUCCCAGGAGUUCAAGCGGCUCGUUUUGCCGAGGCCUUUACUGUCAGACAUUGUGCUCUUUCGUUGGUGGGUGAGCCAAUUUUCUAUCCUCAUAUUAACGAGUUCUUGGAGAUGCUGCACGCAAAACACAUAUCGAGUUUCUUAGUCUGCAAUGCUCAGCAUCCAACAGAGCUCGCUGCGCUCAAACGUGUCACUCAGCUUUAUGUCUCUAUCGAUUCAAGUGACAAGGAGAGUUUACGAAAAGUUGAUCGCCCUCUCUAUCGCGAUUUCUGGGAACGCCUAGAGGCAUGCCUAGAUAUCAUUCGCGAGAAGCGAACUCACCGAACAGUUUACCGUUUGACGCUUGUCAAGAAUUUCAAUGCUGAGGAUGUCGAAGGCUAUGCAGAUCUUAUUGCUCGUGGUGAGCCUUGUUUUGUCGAAGUUAAAGGAAUGACGUACUGUGGAACUUCAAAAAAUAGUGUGCUCAGCAUGGAGAACGUUCCGUACUAUGAAGAGGUCCAAGCAUUCGUCGAGGCCCUUGAAACUGAGCUUCAAAGCCGUGGGUUGGAAUACGGUUUGGCAACUGAGCACGCACACUCUUGUUGUGUAUUAUUGGCACAAAAGCGAUUCUAUAUCAACGAAAAAUGGUAUACUCAUAUUGAUUACGCCAAGUUCUUUGAGCUUUUGGAGUCCGGAACUGACUUCGGGCCCAUGGACUAUAUUGCCGAGACGCCAUCUUGGGCAUAUUACGGUUCUGAAGAGGCUGGAUUCAAUCCUGUUGAUGUAAAACAUCGCAGAGGCAAGCCGGUGGAGUAA